CACUUUUCAUUUUUCAGACACUGUCCCCUCAGUCACUUGCAGCAGCAGGUCUCCACCAGCAAAAUGUCUGACAGAGGAGCGUUCGACACCAACGUGGUGACUCUCACAAGGUUUGUUCUGGAAGAGGGCAGGAAGGCCCAUGGAACAGGGGAACUAACAACCCUUCUGAACUCCAUCUGCACAGCUGUCAAAGCCAUAUCCUCCGCUGUCAGGAAGGCUGGGAUUGCUAACCUUUAUGGGAUUGCCGGAAGCACCAAUGUGACGGGGGACCAGGUGAAGAAGCUGGAUGUCCUGUCCAAUGACCUGGUCAUCAACAUGAUCAAGUCCUCCUUCACCUCCUGUGUGCUGGUGUCAGAGGAAGACGAGAAAGCCAUUAUCGUGGACCCAGAUAGAAGAGGAAAAUACAUUGUGUGCUUCGAUCCACUGGAUGGAUCUUCUAACAUCGACUGUCUUGUCUCCAUUGGGACAAUCUUUGCCAUCUACAAGAAGACCACGGAUGGAGAGCCGGUUGAGAAGGAUGCUCUUCAGCCUGGCAGGAACAUCGUAGCAGCUGGUUACGCUCUGUACGGCAGUGCCACCAUGAUGGUCCUUUCCACUGGCCAGGGAGUAAACUGCUUCAUGUUGGACCCAGCAAUCGGGGAGUUCAUUCUGGUGGAUCGAGAUGUGAAAAUUAAGAAGAAGGGAAAAAUCUACAGUUUGAACGAGGGAUAUGCACAACAGUUUUAUCCAGAUGUAACAGAGUACCUGCAGAAGAAGAAAUUCCCAGAGGAUGGUUCUGCAGCAUAUGGCAGUCGCUACAUUGGCUCAAUGGUAGCAGAUGUUCAUCGAACUUUAGUUUAUGGAGGAAUCUUUUUAUACCCUGCUAAUGUCAAGAGUCCAAAAGGCAAGCUGAGGCUGCUUUAUGAAUGCAACCCCAUGGCCUUUGUCAUGGAGCAGGCUGGAGGUCUGGCCACCACCGGGUCACAAAACAUCCUGGACAUCCAGCCCACCACCAUCCACCAGAGAUCCCCAGUGGUCAUGGGAUCCCCUGAUGAUGUACAGGAGUACAUUUCCAUCUACAAGAAACACAACAAAUGAGGUGCCCAGCCUUCAAGUGACACCCUAACCCUAACCCACCAAACAUGGUGAUAUUUACGCGUUCCUGGUUUUCCUUUUCCAGUUUACAGGUUUUAUGGUGAGAAACAUAAAGUAAGACUGACUGCACAAGCAAGAGGCUCAAUGUGGAAUUUCCACACUGAAGAAGCCACCAGAAACUUCCCUAGAUCCACAAACCCUUCUUGUCGUGUGCUAUUAUAGAAACUUUCUUGUAUUUUUAAAUAAAGACUGAAACAAUCUGA